AUGUCAGCUAAUCUUAAUUGUUCAAAUCAAGGAUGGGGAGCUAUUUUACAACAUAUGAAAACAAGCGGUCAUAUAGAGAAAAUAAAAUUAUUGAAAAAUAAUUCGACAUUUUUUAUUGAAUCCUCAAAAACACAAACAUCAUCGACAGAUGAUGUUGUUGCAACACCACAAUUACGAUUAAGUAAUAUGAAACGACCUAUAGUAUUAGAUUUUCAAGAACAAGUUACUAAAGCUGAGGCCGUAUGGGCUCUAACAGUAGCUCAACGUGGUUAUAGUUUCAACUCAUGUGAUGAUAUUGGAGAUGUUUUUCGACAUGCAACAGCAGCUGUUCUUAAAACUGCUAUUCUAGAUUCACUUAAAUCUAAUGGUUUAGAACUGAAACAAUUACUUAUGUUAGGUCGUGAUAGUCCAUUUGUAAACUUAUCACUCGAAAAUUUAAUUGAAAAUGAGAUGAAAAAGAUUGGUUGUGGCCUUUUGAAAAUUGGAGGUUGUCAUCUUCAUGUUGCACAUAAUGGUUUUAAAGCUGGUUUAUCUUCAUCUGAUUGGAAUGUUCAAAAUAAAUGUAUUGAUAUGUAUUCAUGGUUUAAACAAUCACCUGCACGUAAACAAGAUUUAAUUGAUGUAAUUGAUGACUUUAAUUGUAUUAUGGAAAAGUCUAUGUUGUACUUCACCAAUACACGUUGGGUAUUGCUUGGUAAAGUAAUAACACGUAUUUUAACAUUAUGGGAACCAUUACAUGAAUGUUUUCUAACAUUUUUACCGGAUAAUCAAAAGGUACAAAUUCGAAAUAACGAGCGUUACGACAGAAUUAAAUUAACCUUAACGUCGUACGUAAUCAAAAUUAGAUUACAUUUUAUAUUGUUCUUAUGCGAAACCAUAUUUGACCGUUUUUUGACACUGUUUCAACAAGAAGCACCACUUAUACACCUUCUUCAUUAUGAAUUAUCAUCAUUGUACCGUAUGAUUUUAUUGAAAUUUCUAGCACAUGAUUAUGUUGGUGAUAAAGCCGGUGGUGAUUUAUUGGAUAUUGAUUUUAUAUUGAAUGAAAAACAAUUAAAUAAUAAACACAUACGUAUAGAAAGAUCUCGUAAGGUACUAACUCAUCUUACACAAAAAGAACGAGAAACGUUUUUUGAAGAUGUUAAAAAAAUUUAUCAUGCAACAACAGAAUAUUUUAAAAAGAAUUUACCAUUAAAAAAUUCAUUUUUACGGGAUGUACAAAUUUUGCAUCCUUCAUUUAAAUCCACUCAAUACAGUGAUGAACUUGUACGUAUUUCUAGAGCUGUUACAGGUUUAUUAACUGAUCGAGAAAUUGACUGUUCGCGUGAUGAAUGGUUGAAUUACUCACUUGAUAAUAUUGAUGAAAAAUGGUACAUUAAAGAUAAAAAAGAAGGUGAUUCCGGUAGUGAAUGUAUUACUUAUCAUCGCAUCGACUAUUACUGGAACAAAGUUUUGGCAAUUACAACGGCGGAUGGCCGUCCAAAAUAUCCAACAUUAGGUAAAUUAAUUAAAAAUAUUCUUAUUAUUCCUCAUGGUAAUGCUGAUAUUGAACGUGGAUUUUCAAUAAACGAAAAUAUGGUUCCACAAAAUCGUUCACUUUUAUCGGAUACAUCAAUUAAUGGUUUAAGAUCAACAUAUGAUGGUGUUAAAUUUACGGGCAAUGGAUCUAGUCAUAAGGCAUUAUAUGAAUCUCGUACAGAAAUACUAAAAGAAGAAGAAGAAUUAUUAAUUAAACAAAGCGAUUUACAGCGUGAACUUAAUCAAACCACAUCGAUAAUUACCGAUGGUAGUAAACGUUUACAACUUGCACUCAAGAAUAAAAAUAGCCUUGAUAUUGAUAGAGCUACAAUUUUAAUCGAUGGUGGUGAUACCAAAAGUAAAACAAUUAUUGAACAAUUGUCGAAAAUAACAGAAGAGUUAAUUAAGAUUCAAAAAAAACGAAAAGAUACAUUUGGUCAACAACAACAAAAGCGACAAAAAACUACAACUGAUUCAUCGAUCAAUAUCAAUUAG